AUGACUUUGUUUGAUGAUGCUCCUGCUGAUGAUGCAGAUGUUGUGGUUGUUAGUGGUGAUGCUACUCUAGAUGAAGUUGUGUCUGUGAUAGUUAGUGAGGAGGCUCCUGCAGCUGAUGCAGAUGUUGUUAGUGGGGAUGCUCCUGCAGCUGAUGCAGAUGUAGUUAGUGGGGAUGCUCCUGCAGCUGAUGCAGAUGUAGUUAGUGGGGAUGCUCCUGCAGCUGAUGCAGAUGUAGUUAGUGGGGAGGCUCCUGCAGCUGAUGCAGAUGUAGUUAGUGGGGAUGCUCCUGCAGCUGAUGCAGAUGUAGUUAGUGGGGAUGCUCCUGCAGCUGAUGCAGAUGUAGUUAGUGGGGAGGCUCCUGCAGCUGAUGCAGAUGUUGUGUUUGUCGGUGAUGGGACGUGCAAACAGCUGCAGUUUGAUCCCCUCAGUAAGGAGGUUGCCCAGUUGGUUUGUAAACGGGUAAAUGUAGAGUUUGAGAAGGUUGAUGAGGUAGUGUCUGCAGGAGUUGGUUUGUUAGGGUCUCCUUGUAAGAAGGAGAACAUAGUGGCUGAUGGGAACUGUUUCUUUAGGGCAGUGUCUCUAGCUGUGAGUGGAACACAGAAGAGUCAUAGGAAGAUUAGACUCGCUGUUGUUAAGCAUCUAGAGAAGAAUGCGUCACAAUACAAUAGCAUUUUGAGAAGUGAGUAUUCUUCAGUGGCAGAUUAUGUUAGGGAGUCAAAAAUGCGUUAUGUUGGCAGCUGGGCAACAGAGGUGGAGAUUCAGGCAGCAGCAGAUUGUUUAGGAGUUAAUAUCUUUACAUUCUGUGAUGGUAGAUGGCUAGAAUAUAGCUGUAAGUUUAAUGGUUUGUCUAGACAGGGGAUUUACUUGGAAAAUUGUAACGGUAACCAUUAUGAAACGGUUGUUUGUGUUUAUGAGCCUCAGCUGCAGAGGUGUUAUGAAGGACUGGAGAUGGGUGUCCAGGAGUCAGCCCACCAGCUGUCAUCAAUUAUGAUUAGUUCUGUACACCUCAUCACAAGAUGGUAG